GCAAGGAUAGACGGUUUGAAUGACACAGAAACACUACCGGGGGUGAAUAGGGGGGCACAUUCAGUUCCCAAGUCCCCCGUUAAAUCACUCCCAGAUAAGCGAAGGUCCCGCCGGCUCGAGAUUCAUGAUUCACGAAUGGGUUCAUCCAACAAAUCACAUCCGAGCCCUACCGUGGCUAUUUCCCGCAAUGCGCCCCUAUGGCAUUCCAGAAUAGACGAGGAGCCUGAGGAACCUGACGAGACUGACGAACGAGAAAGGACUCUACGAAUACUUGAAUCUAGGGACAACCCAGUAAUACACCGAUCUUGCUCCCCUGCUACAAUACGACGGCGCAGGCGAUCUUACCAAUUGGCUACUGAUCCUCAUAUUGAGCCUCAGCAGUAUUCAGAUUUUCUAAGAUACCUCGAACAGGAAAUCACGACGGAUAUAGCCCUUCGCCUACAGAUCUGGAAGAGUUUGACUGGAGACUCGACAAAUAGGGCGGCGUCGCUAAUUGAUCCUGACCCCAAAGGGAAGCAGGUGCCCAUCUCAGAAGACGCCUGUUAUACCGGUAGCCGCGUUCAAAGGCCCUUCCCGAACGGCCACAAUAAACCUCACAGACUCAGUGGCCCCAGCCAUAGGCGUCCUAAAAGUUGCACGAGUAUUGACCAUUCUAAGGCGACUGGGUGGCAAGAUAGGAAAUCGAAAGGACGGAGCUGGAAUAGACACGACAAACCGAGAAGCCACAAGCUGGACUCAAUUCUAGGAGACGAAAAUGAGAGUUUUCGAGCCCAUGACCAUUCUUCGGCGCUAGAAAGUAUUAAAAUACACGGACGGCGCAGAUCUGCUAUCAAUCCCGGCUUCGAGCACCUGCGAUGCAUCGAUCCUAGCGAAAAGACUUCUCUGCAACUAAGCAACCUACGGAAACGGCAAGGCAACCCAUUAAAGAAACAUCCUGAUAGAAAACGCGAGUCUACCUCCAGCAUCACCCACGUUAUUGCUCAGUAUAUCAAACCGGAAAUGCCCAGGACUAUUUACAGAGAGCCCCAGUGCCAAUCCUAUGAGAUACCUAUGCCGAGGAACGAAGAAAUACUAAUUUGAAGACGUGUUGGAUUCCAUAUACACCAUAAAUGUUCCCGGUCUGAUAUGCAAAAGGUUUGGUUGAUCAAGAGACUGAAUUAGGAGAUCACAACCAAAACAUGGCGCUUAGUAGAUCAAGGGGCAAAUUUCAAAGUUAGAGACCAAGACUGAGAGGGCCUGAUCAGCAAAGUCCUGAGACUGGAUAGUUAUACGGGAUACGCAGAAUAUUUCUCGAGCAUGUAGUGGUAUCGAGACGAGGAAAGUCGUCGCUCAGGGAAUAAAUUGAUAUGCGAAAUAUACAUUAUGUACAA